AAUGUUUGCUACAACAUGAAUUCCAUUGGUAUCAUUUUGGCUGUGUUGUGUUGCAGGUCCACAUUUAUUCUCUUGGAAUGACCCUUUAUUGGGGUGCUGACUAUGAUGUUCCAGAAAGCCAGCCAAUCAAACUUGGAGAUCAUCUGAACAGCAUCCUUCUUGGUAUGUGUGAAGAUACUGUUUAUGCCCGUGUGUCUGUACGGACUGUUCUUGAUGCCUGCAGUGCUCACAUACGGAACAGCAACUGUGCACCUUCUUUCUCAUAUGUAAAACAGUUAGUCAAACUGGUUCUGGGGAGUGUGCCUGGGGUAGACCAGCUUUAUUGCACAGGUGAGAAAAAGCUUCACACAGACAAGAGCCAGGCCAUUCGAGAGAGGCUGAGAGGAAAACGACUUCCCACAGGAAGAAUGACUGAUGCACCAGCUGGUUACCUAGCCCCACUUUCUCAGCAAACCACGCUUAACAAAGGGCUUAGUAAGUCAAUGGAGUUCUUGUCAACCAGUAACUCACCUGGUGAAAAGGAAUUUUCUCAAAAUAUUGCCUCUGAUUACAAUUCUGUCCAUGAAGACAGUACAGAUAGUUGCUGUCCUUACCGAUUCAGAGCUUCCAACCAGGAAAAGAAAGCCAACAGUGAUCCCAAACGCAAAGUAUGGGCUUCUUCCUCUGAUUUGUUGUGCGCAACUCACAAAGUCACAGAGGGGGACUAUGUCACAGAUUCUCCUAAGCACCAUCAUCAAGGCAGAACCAUUUCAGGGCGGACUUCAGGAGCUCCCAUAAACAAAGAAGGCAGAUAUUCUGAUGGGAGCAUAGCCCUUGAUAUAUUUGGCCCUCAAAAACUUGACCAAAUGCUUCACGUAUCAGAGACCUCAACAUCGGCAGCCUUAUUAUGUGCCUUUGACAGGAUCAAAGAGAAGCAGAAGAAAUUGCAGUUGCUGAGGGAAGCCAUGAAUGUAGAAGAGCACGUACGAAAAUAUAAAUCUCACCAUAGUGAUGUAUGCAGCACUGACAGUGAGGGCCAAUCAUUCAUUUCUUCUGAGACAGAUUUUAGACAAGUGCCAAUGAGGAGGUAUGAAGCUCUGAAAGAUGAGUCCAGUGGUUCUUCCUUAAGAAUAGAUGAUACCUCUUCAUCAGGUCAAAAACCAGGACAAAGAUCAAGACAGUAUGAAGCAACUCCUGAAGACAACCUGUUGAGCCAAGAAGUGAUGUUGAAGCGCCAGGAGGAGGAGAUGAUGCAACUGCAAGCUAAAAUGGCUCUCCGGCAGUCUCGGCUCAGCCUCUAUCCUGGAGACAUAGUGAGGCCGGCUGUGCUUGAUAUGACAAAGGAUCCACUUAGAGAAAUUGCUUUGGAAACAGCCAUGACCCAAAGGAAGCUAAGGAAUUUCUUUGGUCCUGAGUUCGUAAAAACUACUAUUGAACCCUUUACCUCCUUGGACCUGCCAAAAUCAAUUUUGAACAAAAAAGGGAAGAAUGAAGACAAUCGCCGAAAAGUCAACAUCAUGCUUUUAAGUAGCCAAAGACUAGAACUGACUUGUGAUACUAAGACCGUAUGCAAAGACGUAUUUGAUAUGGUGGUCGCCCAUCUUGGUUUAAUGGAGCAUCACUUGUUUGGGUUAGCUUCUUUAAAAGAAAAUGAGUACUUCUUCAUCGAUCCAGAGCUAAAGCUAACUAAAGUAGCCCCCGAUGGCUGGAAAGAAGAACCCAAGAAAAGGAACAAAAACACAGUAAACUUCAUCUUGUACUUCCGGAUUAAGUUCUUUGUGGAUGACAUUAGUCUGAUUCAGCACACGCUGACAUACCAUCAGUACUACCUGCAGUUAAGGAAAGAUCUUCUAGAAGAGAAGAUACACUGUGAUGACGAAACAGCCUUAUUGCUGGCCUCCUUAGCCCUCCAGGCGGAAUAUGGAGAUUACCAAGAUGAAAUACAUGGCUUAUCCUACUUCAGAACAGAACACUAUUUGCCGGCAAGAGUGAUAGAGAAUCUGGAGCUACCUAAUGUGAAAGAAGAAUUGCCAAAGCUGCAUAGCACCUAUGCAGGUGCUUCUGAAAACGAAGCUGAAAUAGAAUUUCUGAAGAUUUGCCAAAGACUGACAGAUUAUGGUGUCCAUUUUCAUCGUGUGCUGCCAGAGAAAAAAUCUCAGACUGGAAUUCUGCUAGGAAUUUGCUCCAAAGGAGUUCUUAUUUUUGAAGUUCACAACGGCACCCGAAUGCCUGUCCUUCGUUUCCCGUGGAGAGAAACAAAGAAAAUUUCCUUCAGUAAAAGAAAGAUAACGCUGCAGAACACAUCUGAUGGUAUAAAGCACACCUUCCAGACAGAUACAACCAAAACCUGCCAGUACUUGUUACAGCUCUGCUCUGCUCAGCACAAAUUCCAGCUCCAGAUGAAAACCAGGCAAAGCAACCAGGAUGCUCAGGAAAUUGAAAGAGCUUCCCUGCGGAGUCUCAGCCUCCAUCCAGAUUCCGUGAAAGGAUUUAACAUGGGACGGGCCAUCAGUACCAACAGCCUGGCCAGCAGUACGUUGAACAGGCUCGCCGUGCGGCCGUCGACAGUACAAGCAGAGAUUCUCAAAAGACUCUCCUACUCGGAAUUGUCCCUUUUCCAGCCUGCCCAAGGCUAUUCCCAAGACAAAAACGAGAAGACGUCGUGGGAGGAAAGGCCCAAAAUUAUGAGCAAGUCUUUCCAUGACUUGACCCAGAGUCAGGUGUUGGUCAGCCCCCUUCGGAAAAAUUUUGUCACCGCUGGGAGUGCCUCAUCCAGGAAAAUGGAGGAAUUGAUGGAGAAGAUCUUUCAAACAGCGCCAAAAUCUGAUCCCGAAUCAGUAGUUGGAGGAGCAAAACUCAACAAUUCACACUCUCAUGCAGGUUUAAAUGCCAGCCUAAAAAGAAAGAAAAAUGAAUCUGAUUCUUCAUCCAUGGCAGAAGAUGCAGGCCAAGCCUUUGUAAUAGAUGGUCUCCAAACAGAAAAGAAUAUACCGGUAGUGUCUUUACCAGAAAGGGAGAUCAACUUGAUCAAUUUGAAAAAAGAUGAAAAAUAUGGCUUAGGGUUUGAGAUAACUGGCGGGGAGAAAACUGGAAAAUUUGAUCUCGGAAUUUUUAUCCAUUCAGUCACUCCUGGAGGACCAGCUGAUUUGCAAGGAUCAUUAAAACCAGGAGAUCGUCUAAUUUCAGUAAACAACGUGAGUUUGGAAGGGGUCAGCCAUCCUGCAGCUUUAGAAAUUAUUGAGCAUGCUCCAGAAAAUGUGACCCUUGUUGUUUCUCAACCUAAGGAUGGGUCAGCUAAAGGAACAUCCAGUCUCCUAAGAAAGGGAUAUUUUAAAAAAUCUUCCUUGAUGGCAGACCAUGAGGCUGAGUCCUCUUCAGAGGAGCAGAACUGGCCAGUGAGUCACUGGAGACCCAACUCCGGAAGCUUAUCCGGCAUUUGCUCGAGCAAAUGGGGUGGGAGUCUCAGCUCCCAAGACUCCAGGACUGAGAGUGCUAGCCUGUCCCAGAGCCAAACCAACCACAGCUUUGGCCACCAUGUCAAUGACCAGCAGGAAUUGCAACGUUGCAGUAAUCCUCUCCUGGGCCCUCCCAAAUGCAGUGAAAGGAAUGGAUCUUCUUCAGAGGCCAACCUGAUCAAAAGCAAGCUGACUGGCAUGGCAGAGACCCCUGACUAUUCUGACCGAGGAGAUUCUGACAUGGAUGAAGCCACUUACUCCAGCAGCCAGGAGCAAACUGCGUUGAAAAAGGAACCUUCUUUGGUGAAUUUCUUCAGCUCCGUGAAUUCUAAAAUGCCUCUUAAACCUGGAGAUAUCUUUGAAGUCAAACUGGUCAAAAAUGAGAAUGGCUUGGGCAUAAGUGUUACGGGUGGCGUGAACACCAGUGUAAAGUAUGGAGGACUUUAUGUGAAGGCAAUCAUUCCUAAGGGAGCAGCUGAAGCUGAUGGUAGGAUUCAGAAAGCAUUCCAGGGGAAAUCAGUAACUGUCAGUAACUCCAAGACAAGCAUAAUCUCAGAAACCCCCAUCCAUUCCCCACCAAAAAUAUUCCCCAAAGCGAGCAGAGAAAACCUGCCUCCCCCUAAUGGAGAGCCAGAAGAUAGUUCUGAUGAAAAUGAAACCAUUGACCAAAGCAAGAAGAUCAGGUCCCCUUCUCGGAGAGACAGCUACAGCGACAGCAGUGGGAGCGGCGGGGAGGAAAUCAUCACAAAUCCAGCCAACCCAAAGUGGAAUUCUGCUUUGUAUCAAACCCCAAGCCAAUCAGCACCUCAAGCGCCUAGUCCUUAUGAGACACCCAGCAAGCAAAAGGAAGCGAUCCAUGCAGCGUUUUGCUCUCCUCAUGAGUCAUCUAGGAGGCAAGAAAUGGAGAACAGCAACCCUCCCUCCCCUCUGAUAAUGGAAUUGUCACCAAUAUCAAACCAAAGAACUAUCACACUUAAUUUUACAGAAGAAAAAUUCAGCUCUUCUACCUCUGACUUCACAUCUCCACAAGGCAGACUGGCACCUCUUUUCAAUCAGGUUGAAAAACAUGCAGAUGAAUAUGAACCAGAAGUGGAACUCCAUGUAGUUCUAACAAAAUCCGAGAAAGGUAGCCUUGGCUUCACCGUGACAAAAGGCAGUGAUAAUACCGGCUGUUACAUCCAUGAUGUGGUACAAGAUCCUGCCAAAAGCGAUGGGCGCUUGCGACCUGGAGAUCGUCUAAUCAAAGUUAAUGAGACAGACGUUACUAAUAUGAGCCACACAGAUGCAGUCACUUUUCUCCGAGCUGCUCCAAAGAUGGUCAUGCUGGUGCUUGGACGUGUCCUGGAACAACCUAAGAUCCCUAUAUUUCCCCAUCUGUUGCCUGACAUUAGCCUUACCUGCUCUCAAGAAGAAUUAGGUAUUUCCCUUGCUGGUGGUCAUGAUAGUCUUUAUCAAGUGUUAUAUAUCAGUGAUAUAAGCCCCAAAUCUGCUGCAGCCCUGGAGGGAACACUUCGUAUUCUGGAUAUCAUCCAUUAUAUUAAUGGGAUCAGCAGUCAGGGAUUGAGUUUGAAAGAAGCCAAGAGGGCCUUGGAAAUAGCUCUUCCGAAUGUGAUCCUGAAAGCAACAAGAGAUGGCCACCCAGUAUUUCCAAAAGCUAAAGAACAUGAAUUCAUUGGUCUGAAAUCGAUCAAACAGAAUGGCCAUUUUCAGGGAGAACCUGGUAGCAAAACAGAAAAGGUACCUGAUAUCUGCAAAAUUAAUGGCGAAACAAACAGCAGUCUCCAACUGAGAAGUCUAACCCAGGAUCCUAUCUCUAAAGAAAUAUCUCCAAGUGAUACCAUUUUCCAGGCCUCAGAUUUUCACAACUAUAACAACAACAAAGCAGAAGUCCAAGAUGAAGAUUCUUAUGAUGAGGAUGAUCACAAUCAAGUUAUUCAAUAUCUUUUAGAUGUUGUCGAUGAAGAAGCUCAGAAUCUGCUAAAUCGUAAUAAUUCUGCAUCUGAGACCCAUCAUGCAGAGACAAAUGGGAAACUUUUGGAAGAGAAAUCAGAGGACACAGACUAUGAUGGGUCAUCUUUGCCUGAAGAUUUUUCAGAGCAGACCCAAAUAAAUGGCUGUGAAGAACAUUGCAAUGGCAACAGGAUGUAUGGACGAUUACCUCAGCAACCUGUGAUGGCUCAGGCAGAUGAUGAUGACAUUACCUGGGGAAGUGAGGAGUUGCCCAUUGAAUCAAUAAACCAGCCACAGUCUGUUAAAGACUGCCCAUUAAUCACCAAUGAAGAACUUGCUGCUCUUCCAGUAGUCCAAUUUUUUCCUUCGGGCAACUACACAGGAUCCAAAUUAAAAUCAACUAUUCAGAAGUUACGGGGUGUGUUAGAACAAGGGGUCCCAUCUAAGGAAAUUGAGAGUCUUCAUGAUUUAAAGCCACUGGAUCAAUGUUUGGUUGGCCAAACGAAGGAAAACAGAAAGAAGAAUAGAUAUAAGAACAUUCUGCCUUAUGACACCACAAGGGUGCUUCUUGGGCCUGAAGGCGGCUAUAUCAAUGCCAGUUUUAUCCGGAUGCUGGUGGGGACAAAGGAAUAUCUUUACAUUGCAUGCCAAGGACCCCUCCCUAAUACGGUGGCUGACUUCUGGCAAAUGGCUUGGGAACAGAAAUGCACUCUUAUAGCCAUGAUGACCCAGGAAGUAGAAGGAGAAAAGGUCAAAUGUCAGCGGUACUGGCCCAACGCUCUUGGCAAAACCACAAUGGUCAACGAUAGCCUCCGUCUUUCUCUGGUUCAGCUGCAGGAACUCAAAGGUUUCAUCAUUAGAAUCAUGGAACUUGAGGACAUUCAGACAGGUGAACUCCGGCAUAUUUCCCAUUUAAACUUUACUGCUUGGCCAGAUCAUGACACACCAUCUCAACCAGAUGAUUUGAUAACUUUCAUCUCCUACAUGAGGCACAUCCACAAAUCAGGACCCAUCAUUACUCACUGCAGUGCAGGCAUUGGGCGAUCAGGCACGCUUAUCUGCCUUGACGUGGUCCUGGGCUUAAUCAGCCAAGACCUCAAGUUUGAUAUCUCCGAAGUGGUGCGGCUGAUGCGUUUGCAAAGACAUGGCAUGGUGCAAACUGAGGACCAAUACAUUUUCUGCUAUCAAGUUAUCUUGUAUGUCCUAAGACGUCUUCAAGCAGAAGAACAGCAAAGAAACAGCUAAAAUAUUGUGCCAAGUAUACAUUUAAAAAUACACCCUUGGAUACUUAGGGUGUCUUCACAUUAGAGAUUGAAGCUGGUUUAAUAUUUGUACUUUUUCCAUGGGAGAUGUGGAUCAACGAAAGAGAAAAAGAAUUGUGAGUGACAGCUGCUUGCGCACACUUUCUUCAAACUGCAGUUCCCAAGAUUCUUUGAUUAUAAACAGCUUUUGCCAAUAUUAUUCCAGUUCCAGUCUCAAUUAAGCAUCAGGUACCACCAAGCAAGGUUCCCUCUUUUACAUAGAUAUGGGCACUUAAGCAUCAUUUAUAUACAUUUAUAUUUAAUUGUGCUGCAUUUUUGCAGCUUUUUCAAAUCAUUGAAAGUAAAUGACAUGUUAAAAACAUUUUUAACAUAUAUCCAUGCUUCUUGCAGAUUAUUUUCCAGUUACUUAUAUAAUGUGGAAACUAUUUUGGGGGAGGGGAAUAAAACAGUAUUUUAUCCUGAUGGAUUUUCUUACUGUACAUUUUUAUUUGGCUGUUUUUCAAGUGUGUUUAUAACAGAGCUAUCUUUUUCCAACAAUUGUAAUAUUGUAGAGAUUUCUAUAGAAAAUACUUGAAAUCAGUAUUUAAGCUUUACUUACUCGUGUAUGGGAAAAUAGCAAUUAUUUACUGUAUCACACGUUACAAUGUUUAUAUAAAGGCUUGUGUAUAUAUUUAUAUACUUUUACAAAAAAAAAGGUGAAUUAUCAAAUAUCUAAACUUCUAACUGCUGAAA